AAACUUUCGAAGCCGCCAGCAGCAGCAUGCUCAAGGACAAGCCCGCCAUGUCGCACUUUGUGACCAAGCACAAGGGGAACAUUGCGCUCUGGACAGGCUUCUUUGUCUUUGUCAUCUUUGCCUACCACCUCUUUAGCGACGGCGACUUUUCGUUCCUCAUGACCUUUGGCGCCUUUGUCCGCGCCUUUGGCUUUGGCAUCCUCAUCUUCAAGUCGCUCACGCAGCGCUCGGUCUCGGGCCUCUCGCUCAAGACGCUCCAGCUGUACGCGUUUGUCUUCUUCUUCCGCCUCUGCUCGAUCUUGCGCUACCAAGGCUACUUGCCGUACGACCGCAGCGGCGACUGGCUCUACACGUUUAUUGAGUUUGUCGGCCUCGCCUUGACGCUGGGCGUCAUCUUCCUCGUCACGGUGCAGUUCCGCGGCUCGUACGAGUUCCGCUACGACACCUUUGGCUUUCUCCACAUCCCGUCCGAGUAUGGCAUUGCAUACAUUCUUGGCCCGUGCAUCUUCCUCGGCAUGCUCAUCCACCCGAACCUCAACAUGAACUGGUUUGCCGACGUCUCGUGGACGAUCGCGCUCUACAUUGAGGCGGUUGCGAUCUUGCCGCAGCUCUUUAUGUUUCAAAAGCGUGGCGGCGGUACCGUCGAAUCGUGCAUCUCGCACUGGGUCUACGCGCUCGCGUUUGGCUCGUUCCUCCACCUCUGGUUUUGGAUGUUCUCGUACCACGAGUUGGGCGAGAAGGAGGCCGGCCACCACGUCGGGUACACGGUCAUCUUCGUGCAGAUUGGCCACAUGAUCAUGAUGGGCGAUUUUCUGUACUACUACUUCAAGAGCCUCAAGGACGGCGGCCCGAUGAUGCUGCCGACGCACGGCGGCUACCAAGUGUAAAUUUGUGGUUGUUUUGACGUCAAAUACACGACUCCUGUCCUGCAUAUA